AUGCUCGUCGGUAAGAUGGGAGAACUGAAGAAGCUAGUUGAAGAGGGUAAGAUAAAGUACAUAGGUCUGUCUGCGGCCUCUGCUUCAACAAUCAGAAGAGCACAUGCAGUUCAUCCCAUAACAUCUGUGCAGUUGGAGUGGUCCUUGUGGUCAAGAGAUGUAGAAGAAGACAUAGUUCCAACUUGCAGAGAACUUGGCAUUGGGAUCGUUGCAUAUAGCUCUCUAGGACGUGGAUUCCUUUCUUCAGGGGCCAAGAUGGUCGAGAACUUAUCAGACAAUGACUUGAGAAAGGUUUAUGCGUGUUUCAUAUUGCAGAACCUACCAAGGUUCCAGCCGGAGAAUCUUGAGCAUAAUAAAAUCCUUUAUGAGCGGGUUAGUGAAAUUGCGACAAGGAAGGGGUGCACUCCAUCACAACUAGCACUGGCCUGGGUCCAUCACCAGGGGGAUGAUGUGUGUCCCUCUCCGGGAACUACCAAGAUUGAAAACCUCAACCAAAACAUUGGGGCUUUGUUGGAGAAACCAACUCCAGAAGAAAUGGCUGAACUAGAAUCCAUUGCUUCAGCAGAUGCGGUUAAGGGUGACAGAUACCAGAGCAUCACAUUGACCUGGAAGACCUCUGACACUCCACCCCUUGCUUCCUGGAAGGCUUGAAAGAGACAUGACCCUUGCAGCACUAUAAUGAUAAC